GACAGGCAAGAGGGAACGUGUUUGGAGGUGGCAAAAAAAAGCAGAAGAUAGAUCUGUAAGUGAAGAAGGAAGUAAGGUAGAAUGAGAGAGCGGCAGCAUCGAGGGGGCGAUUGUACAACGAGACAUGAACGCUUGUAGAAAGUGGAUAUGUUUAGGUGAGCGUGUGUGCGUGUGUGUGUGCGAGUGUGUGUGGUUAGAUAGGCAUUGACCUGUUCCUGAUUAGAAGACAUGUCUCUCAAGCUGCCUCGCAACUGGGACCUCUCCACACUCCGCAGUGAAACGACCAAAAUAGUGAGGUCCAAAAGUGUGAUACCAGGCAACGGGAGUCCGGAGUCUAAACGGAUUGAUGCGAGAAGGUCGAUGGAGAAACCUCUGAAGAAGGGCUGGCUGAAGAAACAGAGGUCUAUUGUGAAGAACUGGAAGAUGUGCUACUUUGUGCUGAGGGGAAACCUGCUGACCUACCACAAGGACGACCGAGAGAACGCCAUACAGGGAACGAUCCCCCUGUGGACAAGUCAAGUGAACGAACUGCAGUCCAACACUGAUGACAAAUUUAUCUUCGAGAUCAUACCACGUAGUAACGGGGAUCGGGAGCGUGAUGGAUGUGUUCUCAUGGCCAGCAGUCAGAGUGAGAUGGAGGAAUGGGUGCGGUUAAUCCGCAGGGCCAUUGGAGCACAGGGCAGCGGAGUGUUUGGUAAAAGCCUGGUGGACAUCAUGGCCUACGAGAAGAAGCUCGGGCCUCGCUCUGUACCCAUGCUGGUGGAGAAAUGUGCCGAGUUUAUUAAGGAGCACGGUCUGGACGAGGAGGGGAUAUUCCGCUUGCCGGGUCAGGAGAACCAGGUGAAACAGUUUAGAGAGGCCUUCGACGCCGGAGAGAGGCCGUCGUUCCCCAGUGACACGGAUGUCCACACGGUGGCAUCAUUACUCAAGCUGUACCUGCGGGAGCUGCCUGAGCCUGUGGUGCCCUGGACUCAGUAUCAAGACUUUCUGGACAGCACACUGACCCUGGAUACCACCACAGCCUCGGGUAAAGAGAAGCUGGAGAAACAGAUCAGCCUGCUUCCAAAAGACAACUACAACCUCCUCAGUUACAUCUGCAGGUUCCUGUUCGAGGUGCAGCAGCACUCGAAGGUGAAUAAGAUGAGUGUGGAAAAUCUGGCGACAGUGAUGGGGGUGAACCUGUUCAAACCUCAGGUGGAGGACGCGUUCAGCAUGAUGAAGGGUACUCCGAUGAUCCAGAAGGUGAUGACGGUGAUGAUCAGGCAUCAUGAGCUGCUCUUCCCUUUAUCUAAAGAAGCUGCUCCGUCUUCGGCCCCCAGCAAGAAGUUAAAGAGUAAAAAGUCCUCGAAUCCUCGCAGUUUUGUGGGCUGGGAAUCGGCCGAGUGCGAGAUGUCCUCCCUGUCCGAGUCCCCAGAAGAAGAGGAACCAGAAGCAUUUGAAAGCGAGAGGAGAGGGUCAGGGGUCACACUUUCCUCCUCACCCCCUCCAUCCCCCUCAUACGAGUGUCCAGCAGACGUUCAGAGCAGCGGUCCCAGGAAGCGCACCCAGACCCUACCCAGCAUAAGCGGCGGGGUGAGACCGUCCCGAGAGCCGUCCUGGGACCGCUGGAGCCGCCUGCCAGAGUUCCUGGAGGAGAGGGACGAAAAGACGCUGUCUGAGGACAUCUUUAAGAUCCUGGACCUUCAGAAAGUCACACUGUUCCCUGAGAGACGGGGCAGCGAGGAGAAGGACGAUCCGGAGCAGAAAAAGAGGAAUAGUAACGGCGAGGUUAAACACACAGAGCCUCCGGAAACAAAAACGGAACCUCAAGCAAAGCCGAAUGAGAAAUCAGAGCAGAAAGUUCCGGUCAGGAACGAGGAGGCAGCGAUGCAGGCGAGACCCAACGUCAGUAUGAAGCAGGAGGACGCCACAACCAACCAACCGCAACUUCUCAACAGCCUUCAACAGAGAAACAGUGAGCUGGAAGCAUCCAUAGCAGAGCUGCAGGCAGCGCUGGACGCCGAGAGACGCCGUAAAUCAGCGCUGGAGGUUUUAUUACGCAACGCCGAGCGCAGCAGAGACGAAGCUCUGAAACGGAACGAGCAGCUGGACCAAGAGCUCCAGAGGUUCAUCAGUAAAUCCAGACCGGUUUAAACACUCACACAAAGGAAAAGAUCCGGGGCUUAAUGACCACGGGACAGAGAUCCAAUCCACCCUUCAGAAAUGACUGAUAUCGUAUGGAAACUGUGUCGGCCCCACGGAUGCACUGAAUUUACUUUUUCAUUCCAAAUGUGGCGUUUACUAAUGACUUUAAUAAUUUAAUGCACAGUAAUAUAUGUGAAACUAGAU